AUGGAGAUCUACCUUCGUGAAUAUUGCACGUGGCAGUCCUGGGAAGAAAGGGUUGAAAAGAUUCCCAACGCCAAGCUUCUUGCACACGCUCUUGAGAAGAGACAAACUGUCGCAGAGCUCCUACGGGAACAUCGCGUUGAGUUUCUACAGGGAUUGAAAAUCUCUGGGGUAGUUGAGGAAUUCUUACAGUACACAGGAAAUGGCUUGCUUGACUUUCUUCGACUGGAUAUUGAGUGGGAGUUCCUACAGGAUGCUAUCGACAAACAACAGAUGAUGGGCUCGUUUGAGCUCGGUUGGCUCGACCCAGAGAAAGUUGAGCGCCUCAUGGCUAAAGCUUCCGCUCCUAAACCACCUUCUGGUCCAUUUAUCAAUCCUGAGUUGGGCGAUCCAUUCUUGGGCACUAUCAAGAGAAGACUUACACCUCCACUGGUAGAAGCCCCAGACGAGGACAUCCCAAUGACAGAUGAUGGCUACGAUACGGACGCGACACAAAAUACAAAUGAAGACAACAAGCCACGCGACAAAGGAAAACAACCUGCAGGUCCUGAACUACAAGAUGAGCAAGAUACCAUAGAUGCUCAACCCGGUCCCCUGACGUUCCUCAUCCCAGGACCACUCGGUGAAGAACCUCUUCCAUAUCAACGAAACAUCUUGCAAAUUGCUUCUCAGAGAUAUUACCACCAAGCCUACACCAUGGUGUAUGGGAAAACAGUGUCUACUCUUGUAGAGGAAGAAAGACCGCCGCGAGUGCAAUUCUCAGCGUAUUGUCCUUCAGGGUUUCACUUCCUUGCGAAGCAAAAGCAGAUCUGUGGUAUUGUCGGGCCUGAGGGUCAAGGAGCGGGGAGGCGGCCUAUGCAACGAGGUGAUAUUGGGCCUGGAGAAAGUUCUGCGAGACAGGAGGCGAGAGGGAAUGCUUCAUUGACGUCUGGAAGGGUGUCUGGAGCGCCUAGACUUACUCGACAGGGCUUGGAGGCUCAGACGCUUUUGACAUCUCAAUUUGAGGAUGCGUUUCUAUCUGACCCAAGGUACGACUACAUCGCAAACCAGCAUCAAAGGCCAGUGUAUUUGGAAGAAGUUCCGCAGCAUGACAUGGAACAAGAGCAACAGGAUCCGACUUUCAUACCCGCCCCUGAACAAGCACCUUCAGCAUUCAUCCAAGCAAGUGGUUCAACACUUCAACCCGAUCAAUACUCUACACCCACAAUUCUGGGUCAUUCAGCCCCUGUCGACAAUUCCACGCCAUCUGAGCAGCUUCGCCAGAUGCUCGACACGAACUGGUCCGGCUUUCUCAAAAAGAAGAAAGGCAAGUCAACCGGUAACGUUGCUACCCAACACACAGGAGCAUCUCAAGACACUGAAAGCGGCGACGAAGUCGAUCCCAUGACUAUGCCGAUUGACCUCCCCGAGCCUGAGGAAGACGAUGAUUACAACCCGAAGAAGAAAACGCCCAAGAAAGCUGGACGGGGGAGACCCAGAAAAGCUAGUCUCAAGAAGAGGGAGAGUGAGAGGGGUGUUUAG